AUGUGGAGCGGGAGACAGACGCUGCAGGGUGCAAGGUUCCUCCCGGGCUAUCUGUUCGCUGCGUCAAAAAAAGCAAAUGCACAGGGCUUUGUCGUUGCCGCUCCGGGAGGUCUCAACGGUGCCGGGCAAGAUGAAGGAAGCUCAAUGGGACCAGGUGAAACUAGGCACGAGAAAAGCUCCAAUCAGAGCAUCCUGGGACGGAGGCGGCGAUGUGACAAGGAAUCCCUGCUAAGCUGCAACCCGUGCGGUGAUGUUGUCGUCGCGGAGACUGUAAAUGAUCUCGGUGCUGUACGAAGCAAGGGUUUGACCGACGACUCCACUGUCAUGGGAUUCAUUGAGGAGCUCCUCGCGAGGAUCGGUUCCACCAAGGGUCCACCUAAGCAGCAUGUCGCCCUGAACGCGCUGCGAGUUCUGAUUGAAAGUCAACCCGCGUGCAUCAACGGAUUGGAGCGCCUCAACAUCCUGGAAACUUUCAUGAAUGUGCUCAAACAGCGCUAUAAGCGGAGUUUUUGGAGUGUCGUGCAUGGCUACUUCCGGUCAAAUCCGCGAUUGGAAGAAAUGCAAUGGAAGGCCAUGGAGACUACUCUUCUCACAAUUCUGCUGACGGUUUGUCGUAGCAACGAAAUGCUGCGUAAAUCCAUGGCUAGGGAUGAGCGCUUCAAGAGCCUUCUGAUCACCAUGUACACCCAAAAUAAGAAAAAGGACGACAAGAAUGACAAGAAUGGCAAGGCAUCAAAAAAACAAGAGAAACAAUCUUCUGUGAAGUCAGAUGGGGAGUUGGAGACAGAUGUCGAUGAAUCACCCCAAGUUCCUGUAGAAAGGUACGACGCUGUUGCUUAUAACGUACGCAAUGGGGGUUGGUUGACUGUUUCCGGCGAACCUUCGGGAGCUAUGGAUGUAUUAUCGCUGCAGACAAGGGCCAUCAUUCGUGAACUCAUGUCUAUGUGCGGUAUUGAUGUCGAUUCAGCGAAUUUAAAGCAGCAGGGUGACUCCGAGAAGCUGAAGCCGGUCACCCCCGAAAUGGCGCCCCUUAAGCUUGACACAUCCGUACCUAUUGACGCGCCGGCUCAAGGAUCUAACCUAUCUAACCAGUGGUCAGUACCGGUGCCGCCGCAGUUGCUAGAGUCUAGCGGCGGGUGGUGGAAAGGUAAGGAGGGGCAGCCCAAGCCGAGGCUGUUGUGGAUACCGUACUUCUUUACGCCGAAAGACGUUAAGAUGGAAGAGGCUGUAAAACGCCACUUACUCAUCAACCUGGGUGACUCCGCUGGUGAAAAGGUGGAUUUGUCUAAUCUGGCAAAUGUUACCAUUGAGAGGCCGCGUAACAAAGCUGCAAAUAUAGUGUACGGGAUGUUGCUUCUGUGUAAGGAGGAGAACAAUAAAGGAAAUGGAGGUUGCAGACUCUAUAUGCAGCCUUCCAAAACUACGCAGAAGGGCAAUUACGUUUUGAUAUCCAACGUCCAGGUCGGCAAAUCUAAAGAAAUAAAUGGAACCAUAGUGACGGAGAAUCUCCUCAAGAAUAUGCAUCGCAACGAAUCCCUCAGAACCAUAUCACGGGUUGUAAACGAGCUGUGGGCAUUGGUGGGAUCGAAGGACCCGGAUGUGCUAAACGAGUUGUCCCGAAACCUGGAUUUCGACCUGCUAGCCGAAGUGCUCAAUCGUUCAUUGGUCUACACUGUACGCAGUGACGUCUUUGAGCAGGUUUCUUCGAACAUCGACUCGCCGACGAAUAGCUCGGUGGGUUACGUUAUGCUGCAGAAGCUCAGACGAACGGUUGAGGGGUGCCUCCAGAAGGUCAUGCCCAAAUUGCGCGACUCGUUUUGGGACAAAAUUUUCGAAAAGGGUACUGAUAAUGUCCCUGCAACUGAGCAGGACUCGUCUUCAUCCUCUGAUAAUGUUCUCACGACGAUAAGGCCAUGUAAAAGAGAGGCGGCCAUCGCACGCCGGCUGCAAACCGUGGUUUUAGGUUUCCUGAUAGACCUUAUAUACAUGGAUGGCAGCCGCAGUUUGACUAAAAUACGCCGUGCGACCUCACUCGUCGAUGCCAUGUUACGUCUAAGAGCGACUUUCCCUGCGGUUUACUCGCUCACCGAGGCGCUGGAUAACAAAGCGGACGAUUUUACCCCUCUGAUAGACAGGAGAAGACAGGAUGCACGCCACACGACGAACGUUAUGUACAAGCACAUAAAUCGCAUGUCACCGUCUGAGUUGAAGGAAAUGCGAUCCCGAAGGCGUGAUGUCUUCGGCAACGUUAGUGUCGAGCAGUCGAAGUGGUGUCAAGAGAGCUGGACAAGGCAGAGGGCAGUACCCCGGGCCAUCAUCGGGCCGUUCUUCAACGCGCACAAGCUGCUGAACAUGCUGGGUCACCACGAGCAAGAUAUUUUUAAGGGUCGCGGUCUACGGGUGCUCAGCAUUGACGGCGGCGGGACGAAGGGGGUAGUAAUCUUGGAGAUCUUAGAGCAAAUUGAAAAAAUUCUCGGCAGGCCCCUACAUGAAGUAUUUGACUUCGUAUGCGGUACAUCUUGUGGAGGUAUCAUCGGGGCGCUGCUUGCCCUGGAAAAGGGUUGUAUAGCCGAUAUCCGGCGCGUGUUUGAGGACUUCAUGGUGAAGGUGUUCAACAAGGAUUCGUACCACGUUACCGGUAGAAGGCUAAUCACGCGACAUGCGUACUACGACGAGAAGACGCUGUACGAUAUCCUGCGUAAAGUGUUUGGUAACGCCGAGCUUAUAGACUACUCUGUGGACCCUGCGGGCCCCAAGUUCUGUUGCCUAUCAACGCAGCUAGAUGUUUUCCCGCUGAACCCUAUCGUAUGGAGAAACUACAACUACCCUCCGGAAACUGUAUCGGGAGAAGAAAAUCCCAUGCGCGAUGGCUCGUGUGCCAUAAUGACGGCUGACGCGCUGCGUGCAACCACUGCAGCCCCUACCUACUUCCCGCUCAUGGAGCGCAACGGAGCUCUCUACGGGGACGGGGCGCUGUACGCUAACAAUCCAAGUUUGGUGGCUCUGCUUGAGGCCAGACUAGUGUAUCCCAACGUCCCCGUGGACCUGCUGGUGAGCGUGGGUAGCGGUGACUGGGAAAGGGAGGAUAUCGCACAACUAUCGCAAAAUAUUGUCGCAGACAAAUCGAAAAAGACGUCUGCUGUAGAGUCCGGGUGUUUCAGGGCCGAAUUCGAUGAUGUAGAGGAUGAACCAAACCUGGACUCACCGGUAGAGGAUGACCCGAUACCGGCCACCGAUGCAAGUGAUUGUCUUCUGCGCUCGGUGAACAAACCAACGAACGGCAAGACCAAAACAGUGGUGGGGUACCACAAAAUCUUCAACCACCUAGUUUGCUCAGCCACUAACACGGAUACGGUGCACAUAGCGCUCCAGGCGCUGAUGUCCAAGAAGAACUACGUGCGGUUGAACCCCGUGGUGCCCGUGGUACGCAUCGACGACACGAAUAAGGAGGUGCUGGACGACCUCAAGGCGCGCACAAGGUCCUACAUGUCGGGGGAACAGCAGCAGCAGGCGCUGCAGCGAAUAAAGGAUGCCAUCAUGCACACGCACGAUUGGCAGCGGCGCGCGGUUGAGUCGAAUAGCACCCAAACAACGCAAACAGAUUAG